AUGGCUACACAAUCUCCAACACCGGUUGUGAAUGAACUAUGGUUCAUCGAUACGCAGGCCAUGUUCCAGAAUUACGCUAAUCUACGUUCUUUCUCAAAAUCCAACGUCACAGAAGCACAGACAUCAAUCGGUGGGCUCGUUUUCGGACGGAAAGAUCGGAAGCAGGUCAUUCACGUGUUUUUCGCUUAUAAAGAAGAUUUGAUCGAGUCGAAUUUGCAAUUCUUGGAAAGCGCUUUGUCAGCAGAUAUUGAACUUGUUGGAAAUGUGAACAUUGACGGGCAAUCUACUCUCAUCGGAAACGGGACAUUCACCCUCCAGCUGUCAUCGAAAAUGCUCGACAAUCGAAACAUCAGCGAAUUCUUGGAUCAGAAUGUCAUGUUCAACAAUGAACACGUUCUCAUGGAGGGAGCUAGCUGUGUUAGCAAGAUCGGAUUCGAGUGGACUCUUCGUGCCGGACGUGAGCAAGAAGACGCGAGAUCUGCUGCCGAAAGACUCUCGAUGGCAUCGUUCCGUUUCUCUCACUUGAAUGCCGAACACGGUUUGGUAAUUCGUGAGCACAAGAAGGAAGCUGCUAAACCAAAAUAUCUCGACAAAUUUACCAAGGGAGCUCUCCCGUACAAAGAUGUCAUCGAGUUCCAAGUCAUGCAAUCACUCACUCGUGACACUUCAAAUGAUACUGAAGAUCAGAAGCUUGUUCCAACCGUCAAGGUUACCAAAGAUAACAAGCACUUCACUCGUCUCGUUACAAUCGGCGAUGUUGUUUUCCCAGCAUUCUUCGGUGAUUCUUCAUUCGAUUUGUACAAAAGAGCUCGUGAAGCAUUCAAUAGACGGUCAAACAACACAAUGAUGGUGACUGUCAACGGAGUUAGAUCUGGGCGCGGUGUCACUACAACUACAUCAGCAACCUAUCUUCCACCUGGAUGGGUUUCCCUUCUUCAUCUUCAAUUGCCUUUGAAGUGGACUGAAAAUGAGCAAAGAAACUACCGCAUCCGUCUCCAUAAGUUUUUCAAUCUACCAAGUUCCAAACCUUGUCUCCGGUUAUCUCAAUCCUUGGCUCUCCACACGGACAGUGUCCGUUUGACCAACAAGAAACUCAUUCGGGAACCGCAUUUGUCGAUUUCAAAUUAUCAACCAGUUGGUGUGGUGACCACUGUCAAUGGUCCAUACAACUAUCAUCAUUACAUGCAAGACGGAAUUGAUGACAACGGAUGGGGAUGUGCUUAUCGUAGUUUCCAAACUAUUUGGAGUUGGUUCAUUUUGAAUGGAUACACUGACAAGCCUGUGCCAAGUCAUCGGGAUAUUCAACAGACGCUUGUCAAUAUUGGAGACAAGGAGCAGAAAUUUGUAGGUUCGCGCCAGUGGAUUGGUAGCACUGAAAUCAGUUAUGUGCUCAAUGAGUUGCUCAAGCUCGAAUGUCGCUUCAUCGCUACAAAUUCUGGAGCAGAAGUUGUUGAGCGAGCUCGUGAAUUGGCUCGUCACUUCGAGACUUCAGGAACUCCAGUUAUGAUUGGAGGAAACAUGUUGGCACACACUAUUUUAGGAGUCGAUUUCAACGAAACUACUGGAGAGACAAAAUUCCUCAUUUUGGAUCCUCAUUACACUGGAGCUGAAGACAUCAAGACUAUCACUUCGAAGGGAUGGUGUGCGUGGAAACCAGCCAGUUUCUGGAGCACUGACCACUUCUACAAUAUGGUUCUUGCUCAACCACCACAUGAUGCCUUCUAA